AAUCUUUUAAAUGACAGAUCAUAGUUUCUAACUCUCUGACUUCACUUAAGCAAGGUCGUGACAUCAGCAAGAGGAGGCGGUGUUGUCUGGUGUUUGCUGAGAUCACGCAGUACAUUACUGGGACUUUCCGUUUUGAGUCGGCUGAAUUGCGAAAAGGUGCUGCUGACAUAAAACUAAAGAGGGAAGCCCAGUGUCCCAGCCAAAGAAGGAUUAAAUUUUUCUUAUGAGUUUUUACUAUUCAAUUAUGGAGGCUUAGACACCUACCAAAGGGAUGUCCAAGAUGGGGGGAGGGGUUUGAGAUCAUAUAUCCCUUGGUCUGUGUGUGUGUGUGUGUUUGAGAUAUUUAUUUAAGUUAUGUUUGUACACAUACUCACUAACUCUAUGUUUAAAUGGUCAGAUAAUGUAUUAGACAUGUCUGUGGUAAAUAUACCAGAUAUAAAAGUUAACACUGAUCCUGGGUGAUCUGACCAGUGUGAUAUUGUGAUCACUGGUUUGUGGAUGCAUUUUAAUUAUGUUCAUCCUUUUUUUCCACACAGGAUGUGUUUUGUCAGACAUACAUCUACUGGGAUUAUAAAUGAAAAAGAUUGUAGUUUCAGUAGUUAAAUGUUUAGAGGAGUUUCUCUUUACUUGGUACAGAUAGUAUGGAUGGAAAUGAGAGACGUAUCCAUAAUGGUGGACACUGGACUGGUAGUUUUGUUUCUUCUGCACAAGAGCUCUUAAGUUUCACAUUUAGUUGAAACCUCACUUUCGUUUUCACUGUCUUGAGUUAAACCUCCCGCUUCUUCAGCCCCCUCACCUGUUUUGCCUAUUUUCUGUUUUAGUGUGACUGUUUCUGUGUGAGAAAGCAAGACCUUGGGUUUUCUCAAACCUCUCUCCCUUUGAAGGACAUCACUUUUCCUUUAUAUCACUACUACUUAAAUCCAAAAAUGGAAACUCUUCUUCAACUAAAAAACAACCAGUUUUUGAUGGGUUUGUGUCGUAAUGGGCCUCCACCUGAGCUGCAUUAUGAUAACUCCUCAGAGCUUUUCCGCAUCUCUACUUUUGCUCGUUUCCCGGCAUCUGGAGUCACAGAGCGAAGUCUGGCGAGGGCAGGUUGGUUUUACACCGGCGUGGGUGAUCGCGUGCAGUGUUUCAGGUGCAACGUGACGGCAGAUGGCUGGCAGGCCGGAGACUGCCCGACAGAGAGGCACAGACAGCUCUCUCCUUCCUGCCCCUUCAUCCAGAGCCUCCCAUCAACAGCUAACCUGCUCUCCUCUUCUCACUCUGCUUUUUCCCCACUCCGCAUUGCCCCAGCCAUGCCACUUUCUGGUCCAGGCCCAGCUGUUCCGACAGUAAGCCAAGGUGAAGAGGCAGUCGGCUACCUAAAUAUGGGCUUCUCUGCUCCGCCACCCUCCAGCCCACUGAGCUCACGUGGGGUAGAGGACAUGUCCCACCAGAGACCAACAUGCCACAACCCCAGCAUGCGCAGAGAGCAGGAUCGCCUGGACUCUUUCCACUCAUGGACGCUCUCCAUCAUCACACCAGCAGAACUCGCCAAGGCUGGCUUCUACUAUUUAGGCCAGUGCGACCGAGUGGCCUGCUUCAGCUGCGGGGGACAGUUGAGUAAUUGGGAGCCAGGUGACAGAGCCGUAUCCGAACACCAGAGACAUUAUCCAAACUGUCGUUUUGUUCGGGGCGACAGAGCUGACAACGUGUCACUGGCCGGAGUGGCAGGAGCUGCGUCCGGAGCGGCCCAACUGUCUGCAGGAGGCCCAGCUCUCAGUAAUGUGUCCAACCCUGCCAUGCAACAGAGCGAAGAGAGGUUACUCACCUUUGUCAACUGGCCGUCCCGUAUACCUGUCCGGCCUGAGCAGCUGGCUAAAGCUGGCUUCUACUAUGUAGGUCGUAAUGAUGAUGUCAAGUGUUUCUGCUGUGACGGAGGCCUGCGAUGCUGGGAGUCUGGAGAUGAUCCUUGGGUGGAACAUGCUAAAUGGUUUCCACGGUGUGAAUAUUUGCUCCAGGAGAAGGGACAAGAGUUCGUUCACCAGAUCCAGGCUCGUUUUCCUCGGCUGUUUGAGCAGCUUUUAACAAAUGGAGACAGCAGCUCCAGAGAGUUUGUGGAUCCACCUGUGGUUCACCUCGGUCCGGGAGAGGAGCGAUCGGAGGAUGCCAUCAUGAUGAACACCCCUGUGAUUAAGUCUGCCUUGGAGAUGGGUUUUGAGAGGAGUCUAGUCAAGCAAACGGUCCAGAGCAAGAUCUUGACCAGUGGAGAGAAUUACAGAACAGUCCAGGAGCUGGUUUCAGACCUGCUGAGUGCUGAGGAUCAGAAAAGGGAAGAAGAGCGUGAGAUGCUGGCAGAGGCGAUGGCAUCAGAUGGUUUCACCUUUGUGAAGAGACACCAGGCAGCGUUGAUCCAGCGACUAAAGAGUGUCGAGCCAGUGUUGGAGCAUUUAAGAGAGCAGAAUGUGUUAUCUGCAGAGGAGUACAGCAGUCUUCAGGCUCAGACGUCGGCCCAGCAGCAAACUGCCAGGCUGAUAGAGCUCGUCCUCACAAAGGGCAACGCUGCUGCUGAGGUCUUUCGCAACUGGAUCCAGAAAAACGAUGUCCACCUGCUCAGAGAUCUCAUGGCCCAGUCUAACGAAGCAGCAUCACCAAGCCAAGAUCUCUCAGACCUGCCCAUGGAGGAGCAGCUGCGGCGCCUGCAGGAGGAGCGUACCUGUAAGGUGUGUAUGGAUAAAGAAGUCAACAUCGUCUUCAUCCCAUGUGGACACCUGGUGGUGUGCAAAGAGUGUGCACCGUCACUGCGAAAGUGCCCGAUCUGCAGAGGUCUGGUUAAAGGCACAGUCCGAACCUUCCUCUCUUAGGCAGGAGGCUGUGAACCGUGUUCCCUCAGUCUCAUGUGUGAUUGAAUGUAAGCAAUAUAAUAUACAUUUAUAUUUAUUGGAAAGGUUUUUUUUCCUCUCACAUCUGUGACUUACCUGUACGUUACUCUUAACAGACAUUUAAGAUGUCACCAGCUUUCUGCAUAAUCUAUUUACAUGACUAGAUAAAACUCAGACAUAAUCAUAUAUGGUAUUGACUUUAAAAUACAGGAAGUUGUAAGCCUGGAUUCAUUUUUGAUUUUUCAACACAUUUGCUGGCUUUUGUUAAUUGGCCUGGUUGACAUGUUUCAGAUUAGUAUGAUACUAUGAAUCAGUAAACACCUGUUAGGAAAUUGUGUGAAAAAUCUCAUUAAACAACCAAUGUUCAGUGCAA